AUGGCCAGUUCAGACCCCAACGCGAGCAAUCAAGACGGCAAUAUGCGGUGGCAGUUCAUCGACUCGUCCAACAAUAGUCGGACCAACUUGACUCAAGUCAAGCGUCAUGUCAUGCAGGAAUAUAUGCGCCAGAAGAAAGGUGGUCGCCAGAGUGACAGUGAAGAGGAAACCCCACAACCCAAGCGCGGGCGACCAAAGAACAGCCGGGCUUCAAAGCGAAAUACGGCAAAGGGUUCCAAAGACAACAAGGGGGCGAAAGGGAAAAAGCCAGAAAAGACCGAGCUGUCGACUGAAGACGAAGACAUUGAGGAAAUCUGUCAAGAUAAAACUACUCAGCGCCUUCCAUCAAAUAAGUUGUUUGUGCAGGAUGAGAAAGGCCUCCAAAUCUUGCCUUUCCGACCAUCUCCCCACCAAUCUCAUGCGGUAGUCAUCGCGCCACAUGAUUACUUCGACAUAUCCCCGCAAAGCGCGCAGAGUCAGGAUAGGGAUUUCAACAGCCCCUCUUGGCCGUCUGCGCCAACAACACCGUAUGAGCUCAUGCAUUCACCCAAGACGAUCAUGAGUGCAGCCCGGACAGACCCAUUCAAGACCCUUCCGGUGGAUUUGGAUCUAGAUGGGCAGAGAUUAUUUGAUUUCUAUGUGAAUACCAUGCCCGCGUGCUCUUACGGCUCUCAUUUCCGCUCGGCCAAGGCCCAUAAUUGGUACACUGCCGUCUUUGUACCGGAGGGGAUGAAGGGUGCCGUCGCUUUCCAAAAUACCAUCAUUGUCCAUGCGGCAAACACGUGGGCCUGGGUACGCAGUGAGAGUGAAACUCCAGAUACUCUUUUGCAUCGAGAUCGGGCCGUUACCAUGCUUCGCGAACACCUUUCCAACAAUCCCCACGAUAUCUCCGAUGUCGCGAUCAUCUCUUGUCUUAGCGCUGCAGCUCUAGAAGAUUUUGAUCCAAGACCAGGUCACAAAGAGAUCAGCUGGGUGCACAUGCGCGCUGCUCGCGAGAUGAUUCGAGCCCGUGGCGGUCCUGCUGCAUUCGCCUAUACCCGUCUGGGAAAGCUUAUCAAUUGGCAAGACUAUAUUCUGUCUGGGUAUGAAACUCAUGGACCGAGUUUCUUCUAUCAAUAUGAGCAACCAGCUGCCAUUGCCUCCGAAUACUCACACCAAUCUACGCAAAACAUCCACUCAAUGCCAUCACCACCAUACUCUACUUCUUCCGCCCUAGACCUCUCACCCAGUCCGGAACCAAAAACUCAACCUACAUUCCCACCACCCACAAAUACAACCCCAGUUGACGAAAUUAAGCUUCAAUGCGAAGAAUUUCUUGACUUCCUUCGGCGCUGUGAACAACUCUCCUUAUAUCAGCGUGACAAUCCCGAAUCUUCCCACUUGACCCGCCAAACCACCGUGCAAGACACAUCAAUCCUCAAUGACGUGCUCUCCGCGCCUCCUGGAGCUCGUUUCACCUCGGUCGGGGGCAGAAAACAAAUGGUCGCCCGCAUUACCGCAUUAAUAAUUCUUAAUGCCGCUCUCUGGGACUAUCGAUAUACACCGGCCCGUGCAAGCCUGUUCCUCAGCACCCUGGAGACCGCAAUGAUCGACAGUGAGGUCGGAAUGAGUGGCUCCGUCGAAGCGAUUCUCCAAAUUCUAUUGGAAUGUAAUGACGGCAGCAUCGAGUUUUCUCCUGCUUCACUCGAGCAUUUGCCCGACUACUCGCAAUACGGACCGACUGCUUCCUCGCCUGCUUACCGUCCGUGGUAUGCUGGCCGUAUGCUGAAGAUUGCGAAGCGGUUGUGUGCUGAGUCUUGGUAUCGGGUCAGUGACUUUUUGUUCUCGUGCUUGACGCUGCAAGUUCAGGAGCCCUGUAUGGCUCUUUGGGAGGCAGAUCUUCGUCAGGAGAUUCUUGAUGCACCUUUGACGAGUUAUCUUAUGCGCUCUUUGAUCGAUUGA